GUUCCUUAUUUCUCAACGAAAUUUUUAUUCCGACAUUUAUUCAGAACUGUCAUGUCCAUCAGCUGAAAUUCCGAAAAUGAAGACGUUUUGUUAUGUAAAUUAUUACAGGAAAUUACUCAAAAAUGUUCAGUUACGAAGAUAUUGCACAAAUACAGACAACAGGAGUAAGAAUAAUGUUGACAACAUUCGUAAUAUCGGUAUAUUAGCACAUAUAGAUGCAGGCAAAACGACGACAACAGAGCGUAUGUUGUUCUACUCGGGCACGAUAAAGUCGAUGGGUGAGGUGCAUCACGGGAACACCGUCACAGAUUACAUGGAGCAGGAGCGGCAGAGAGGAAUCACAAUUACAUCUGCCGCAGUAUCAUUCCCAUGGCGCGGUGGUCAGAUCAACUUGAUAGACACUCCCGGCCACAUUGACUUCACCAUGGAGGUGGAGCAGAGCCUGGCUGUACUGGAUGGAGCUGUUAUUGUCCUUGAUGGCUCUGCUGGAGUUGAAGCCCAGACCCUAACAGUGUGGCGUCAAGCCAGCGGCUACCGCGUGCCGCGUCUCCUAUACCUCAACAAGAUGGAUAGGACUGAUGCAUUUGUGAAGGAUUGUGUACGCUCAAUCACUGACAAGUUGCAGGCAACACCACUGUUACUGCAUCACACUGUCAGAUAUCAUGAUAAGCUCAUAGGUUUAAUAGACCUUAUCACUCUAGAAGAAAUAAUAUGGACGCAAGGCCGCGGCCAGAACUACACACGACGGAAGCUGACAGAAAAAGAGGACGGACACAAAUGGGAAGCGGCGGUAAAGGACCACAGACAACUCAUAGACACUCUGUCAUCCAUAGACGACGAGUUAGCAGAGACAAUCAUAAAGAACGAGAGCUUGGAUUUAAAUCCGAAAGAAAUAGAGCAAGCCGUGCGCCGAAGCACUUUGAAGAUGGACGCAUAUCCAGUGUUAUGCGGAAGUUCGUACAAAAAUAUAGGAGUUCAAACCUUGAUGGAUGGUGUUAUGUCGUACCUGCCGAAUCCUCAAGAAGGUCACAAGUUAUACAAGUGUUUCGAUAAGGAUCUCGCUGCAAGGGUGUUCAAAGUGAUCCAUGAUGAUCAGAGAGGUGUGCUGACGUUCCUGAGGCUGUAUAGUGGAGAUGUCAGUAGGGGACAGAAGAUUUAUAAUCUUGGCAAGGAUAGGAGUGAACAAACAGGUUCACUGUACGUGGCUUUGGCUGAUGACUACAAACUGGUGGAGAAAGUGACGGCGGGCAACAUAGCCGUCAUCAGUGGAUUGAAGGAAACAAUGUCAGGCGACUUGAUAACAUCAACUCAAACAGCGGCCAACCGUGCGAAGACCUCCCUCGCUGCCCAGCUCCGGGAGCCGUCCGAGGUGGAGGAGCUGAUGCUGCCGAGCGCCCGGCUGAGGCUGCAGGCCUUGGACUCGCAGCCUACUAACGAAGAACUGGCGCAGGUUUUGCUUGGAAUAGGUACAACAAUCCCGGAGCCAGUGUUCCUGUGCUCCAUCGAGCCGCCGAGCAUCGGGUUCCAGUCCGCGUUGGAGACGGCGCUGGCGGAGCUGCAGCGCGAGGACCCCAGUCUCAGAGUCCACACUGACGAGGACAGCGGGCAGCUGGUGUUGGCAGGAAUGGGCGAACUCCACCUGGAGAUAAUCAAAGAGCGCAUCAUCCGAGAGUACAAGAUCGAUGUGGAGCUGGGUCCUCUCCAGAUCGCGUAUCGUGAGACUUUGCUGGCCGAGGGCAAGCACACCAUGAACGUGGACCGCAAGAUCGGGAAUGCACGGCAGCAGGUCAAGGUCACUAUGUCGGCGAAGACUGUGAAGGGAGUAGCGCAAGACAAGGUUUUACGAUUGAACAAGUCCCCGGACAGCGCGGCCAACCUCGCCCACCUCCUGCCGCGACAUCUGCACGCUAUAAGGCAUGGCGUGCAGUCCGCCUUCAUGCACGGACCAAAGCUCGGCUGUCCGAUGGUGGACGUGCAGGCGACGCUGCACUGGUUCGAGUGCGGCCGCGGUACUUCCGAGUCAGUGGUGACCGCCACCGUGGCGCAGUGCCUCCGGAAGGUGUUCAAAGACGCGGAGGCGAUCCUGCUGGAGCCGAUGAUGUCGCUGGAGGUGGUCUGCCCCGAGAGCCACUCGGCGCGCGUGCUGGCCGACCUGGCGCGCAGGCGGGUCGACAUACAGCACAUACACAUCAGGCACCAGAAUAAGGUGGUGGAAUGCAUAGCGCCGCUGUCGGAGCUGCUGGGGUACUCCACGACGCUGCGGUCGCUGAGCUCCGGCCUCGCGUCCUUCAGCAUGGAGUUCCACUCGCACCGCCAGAUGUCGCCGCACGACGAGGAGAAGGCCAUCAAGAACAUCACUGGAUUCUAAACUAUAUUUCUACGGGCUUAUAUUGGCAUUCCAAUACUCAUCUUACUGACCUUUCGAAAACUAGGAUAUGAUUGCGAUCUGGAGUUGAAUCCUAGUUUGAACAACUUUGUCGGACAGGCUAGCAAAGAAUCAGUGGGUCACUCUGAUGGUAACUGCUGGAGGAAUUGUAAUCGUAUUUCAAACCUUAAGAGUUGUUUUAAUCGCCAAUUGUUUGACGUAAGAAAGGGAUGUAACAGUGAUUAAUGAAAAAAAUAAUAUAUGGAUGAUAAUUUAAUUGUAAAUAUUGUAAAUAAAGUACUUUACUGAGA